AUGUUACCAGUGCACCAGCGCACCAAAAUGACUUCGAUUGGCCAGAGCAUUGCUCUCCCUUUGGAGCUGUGGCGAGAAAUUACAUCCCGUCUACCGAAUCGCGAUAUCAAGUCCAUGCGCCUCGCCUCUAAACAAUUCUCCAAUACAGUGGAACUGCACCAUGAGAAGUUCCGGCACCAGGUCACAGAGAUCGUCUGGGACGAUGCCCGACUUCCCAGGGGCCCGCGAACACGCAGCGGACUCCCUGGCUGGGAGAAUAAAAUGGUAUCAGACGAGGAAACCAGUGAUAACGAGAUUGAGAUUCGUCGCUUUCGCGGAAACUGGGAGCUAGACUGGCCUCGCGAAUAUAGCGACGAUGACGACGAUGAGGAUGACGAGGAUGAUGAGGGAGCAGGCGACCCUGCCAAUCAGCUACGGAGAAGUACAAAAUUCAAAAGCAAAGAUUGUCCUGUGUGGUUCAAGGCCGCAUGCGCUGCGAGUGUCGAGGAUACUUUCUGGCGCCAAGCCGGUGACGACGGGAUAGACGAUGAAGAUCCGGAUUACAAGACUAUAAGAAAGCUGGGCUCGAUCGGGCCUCCGCUGAGUGAGUGUUGGGAGUUUUAUCGGGCUUUGAUCCGGCAACAAGACGAUGUCCUGGCUGGGAAAUUUGACGAAGAAGCAUUCAUUCAAGGUAUAAAACAAUUCCCUGCACUUAAGAAAGUGACGGUCACGCCUGCAGCCCAUGGUGUUCUUUUCGCCCCGCUUUAUCAAACUCCUAUGAUCCGAUCCUUCCCGCAAGGAUUCAAUUAUCCCAUCCCCCGCGGAUGGCCACUUCCUGGCCACGAACAACCAGAGGAGGUACAUUCGCUUCCUUGGAAAAAGCUCAACGAAGUGCAGAAAAAAAAAGUUUCACGGAUUCUACAUUGUGAUUCUCGCCUACCUCGCACGGGGAUUAACUGUACGAUCCUCGAUGAUCCUUGCGAGGAACACGAUCACUUGGUCACGCUGCUCAAGAAACCGGGCUUCCGUCACCUCGAUCUUGCUUUCACUCUCGCCGGGACGUGGCAAUCUUUUCCCCGUGACAGGCUUUAUAAGGCGUUGAGCGAAGCAGGCGAUCUGGAGGAGAUCAGCCUCGCUACCACAGGGAUAGACGCCGAAAACGAACACAAGAAUCUGCACAGUAUCACGCCUAUCCCCUUGAAGAGCAUAUUUCCCAUUGAGAAUUGGCCCAAACUCCGACACUUUGAGCUAUCACGUUUCAUAGUCAGCCAAUCCGACGUCAUAUCGUUCCUUUCAGAACUACCUGAAACUGUACGAUCUGUGAACUUGAGCUUUUUGAAGUUCGUGGACAACGAAAAUCAUUGGUGUUCUUUUCUUGUGGAGAUGCGCGAACAGAUUCGGGAAAGCCGUCUCUGGUCAGAUCGCCGGCGAAGUGUCACCAUCGGCUGCGAUCAAGACAUAUCUCUCCCGGGGCGUGCAAAUUGGAUUAGAAAGGAGGUAGACGAAUUCUUAUACGACAACGGAGAAAACCCGUUCUUUGACCCUCCAAUGGAUAUGGUGAGGACCGGAUAUGGAACCGAGAAAGAUGCAUUGGACCUCAACAACUAG